AUGAGCGUCGUGAAUACCGAGUUGCGGAGGCGGGUCAUUGCCAUUUACAAGGGUAAGUUGAGAGUCUUUUCAGUAUUGUUACAAAACCUGCGCAAUUCUAACGUCUGUCGCUGGCGCAUCCUUACUCUACGACAGAUACUUGUCGUCCUGAGACUGAUGAUGCGGUUGAAUUUCGUCAAGUCGACUGACCACAGCACGACCAAACCCAGAGCUCUCUCUUUCCCAACACAUCUUUUUGCCCCUCGCCCUCUCUCUAUUCUAUUCACUGCCUCCCUCUACAAUAUCCGCUCACCUUCCAUCCAACUCCUCUACUUGGGCCGGGAAUACCCCCUCGGCUACGAUUACUUCCGCCCCCGCCUGCACAAGGCGUUUUCUGCGAAUGCUGCGCUGCGGGAUGAGGAGGCUAUUCGAAGGGGGAUCGAGAGGGCUGAGUUUGUGAAGAAGGGUACGUUGUCUUCCUGUCUUUCUUUCUUUAUGUCUUUCUCUGGGUUUGGGGGAUGGCGUGUCCUUCGUCCGUGGACAGGGCAAGUUGGAGUUGGUUUCUUCUGUCUCCACGUUGGAGGCGAGUGUGUCUCGUGGUGCACCAGCAUGAGUCUCGAUAUACUAUAUGCGCCUCAAAGUCCCCAAUCUCAGCCAUCUAAACCGGAUGCCGCUCUCUUCCGGGCGUGGGAAGUGCUCUCCAUGAAGUACUUACCGUCUAGUGCGACUGCAUCUAGUUCUGGGCAACUUUCAUCCUUUGCCCAACUGCGUUUGUUCCAUGCUAGACUUCCCAAGUGGACAACAUCGCUUUACUCCCCCAACUCUAUCAGAGUCAUGACCUUCCAUCAUUCCCGUCAUGGACUCACCCUUUGUAUCUCAUCCCUCUUUCCUCCCCAUUCUAAAUCGAAGCAUUGUAAGUCAGCCCAGUGCCUCUCACCUGCGCUUUCCAAAAAAGGCCCCCGUCUGCGUCCACGUCCAUCCAACUUCGCAACCUCGUCUCCCCAAGUACACAUUAUCACUUCCAUGACAAUCCUUGAGAGUUCAAUACUCUUCAACGGCACGUACGCUGUUCAACGCGUCCCCCUUUCAAGCCAUCCCGCCGUACCUCCCCCUCCCCCCUCCAACACCCAAACCGAGUCCUUCCUCAGGCGUGUUUCCUUACAGAGCAAGUGCGUUUUGCUAGGCGCGAUUCGCACGGUCAAAGUCAGUCUUCCAUACAUCCUCUAUCCUCCUUCCUCACCCCCUCUCCCAGAAAAUCAAAGUAAAAAAACAGAGGGCAUGAUUCGCUAUCGCAGCAUACAACGGGUGACGACGCCACAGUUGGCAACACCAGACCGCCCAAAAAGAAGAAGAGAAAAUUUGCCCUGCCUCUUCACAUCCUCAACCUUACUCGAGACCUUGUCUAAGCCCCUGAUUCGAUCACACUCUACAAUGAUAUACCAUCCAAACAACUCGUACCAAGUCGGUCCUUGUCCCCCCUCCGUCCUCACAUCCAACUCAUCCAACUCAUCCCCCGCUUCCCUUACCAAUGGUCGUACAAGUCAAUUCGAGAUGUUAAUCGACUGGCGAUUCCCCUUCACGGCGAGGCAAGUCGCCUCCGUCGAGUGCCCGCAUGGCUUUCAUGGAAAACCCAUCACUCUCUUCCGAAUGCCAAGUCACUCCAUGCAUUCAAGGUUACAGCAUAUGCUUCUCCAGGGCGCCAUAAUCCCCCUCAUUACUCUCCUCUCUCAGCAUCGUGUAUAUGUAGAUGAUGUGGUAGUAGAUGACGAUGAUGAUGAUGUUGACGAUGGGGUAUCUCGAUGA